UGUCUUGGUGUAAACCAGCUUCCAGCUGUCACUAGCUCCUCUAAUAUAUCUGAUUCUACCAUGAAUGUUCUCCAUAUAGAAUCUCAACCUUUAAACAAUGUAUCAAUAGACUCUUCAAGCCAUUGCUUUGCAAUAGAGCCAGCACAACCAAAUAAGCGAACAAAAACAAAGAAAUCCAAGCCUGAUCGAAUAUCUAAUCCACUUGUUAUUUUCAAGGAUUCAACAGAAAAAAUAGAUGCAGAUACAGUUGCCCAAUUUAGACGUGCAGUAGGUGAAG